CUUUUGUUGCUUUGUAGUUUAUUUGAACGAGCUGUUUCUACUGCUGGUGACGAAUUCAGAGCAGACAAGCUAUGGGACGCUUACAUCGAAUGGGAAAAAAGCCAGGGCCAGCUGCAAAGGGUGACUGCCCUGUAUGAUAAAGUCUUCACUGUCCCAACACAGAAUUACACCCAACAUUUUGAAAAGUAAGGACUUCCAUCACCAGAUAUCAGUUUUCAAAGUUAUCAGAUUCAGAUAUCAGUUUUCCAUCAGUCUUUCCUCUUUUAGCCUGCAAAAACAUCCGUUUCUCCUCGCUCUUCGCCGCUGGGGACGUUUUGCACUCCGCGCGAAAUGUUCCCAGUGGCGAAGAGUGCGGAGAAAUGGAUGUUUUCUCAGGCUAUUCCUCUUUUAGAAAAAAGUCCUGUCCAGUAGUCUGGAACAAGAAGACAUUGUUACUAGGAAAGUAACCUUUGUAGCUGACUUUCCCAGUGGGCAGCAGUCUAGGCAAAUCAUACUCUAAAGAAAAUGAUUAACAAGGAGGAGCAAAAUACAAGAGCCACUUGCCCAAAGGACAAGCUUAAAGUUGUUUUUUUCUGUACAAAGUCCCAUGUGCUGUGGAAGAGCCAAGUGGCUGCAAGCUUUUCUCUUUCUUUCUUGCUCUGGAAAGCAAAGAAAUGGGAUAAUUUAAAAUAAAUAAGCCUGCAUAGCUUCAUAGGCACAGUUACAUGACUUGUAACUCUAAAGGGCCUGUUAGCUAAAUAAAGCAUUUCUAACAUUUUAGCUUUAUUGUUUUGGUCUAGUGAGUUCAAUAAUAAUUGAAAACUGCUUGUAUCAGAUGUUAUUCAUGACAGUGUGUAAUCUGUCUUCAGGUUUAAGCAGCACAUCAACUCUAACCCCAUAGCCGCAGUACUAUGUACAGAAGAAUUACUGAAGCUCAGAGCUGAAGUGGCUGCAGCUCCUCCUGGUGUAACCACUGCAGAAGCUGAGCCUCUGAUCAGUGUCGCUACAACCUCAACACAUCCGCCAGGUAAAAAUACCUUGUUCAUGUCCUAUCAGGAGCCAUUAAAAUUUACUUUUAGAUAGGGACUACUCUUUCCUGAGAAAACGUUUAUGAUUACUGCUAUUUUACAAAGUGCAGUGAUUUUGUUACAAAUAGUUAUGGUGAGUCCUGGGACUCAUCUUGUGAAAAAUCACGAGUCCCAGUCCAGAACCAAUGAUUCCUAAAUUGAAAAAGCUUUUGCCUUCAUUUAACCAGGCAGUCUGACUCCAAAACUCCAUAUCACAGUUUACUGAAAUAAAAAUAAUUAUACUCCUUUUAUUGAAAGCGCAACAGAGACUAAAAGAAACAUGCAUCGCUAAACAAUAGCCUCGAGAACAUCCACCAAAAUCACAAAAACAGAAUAUUCUACGAAAACAUCUCAAGUUCUCUCUUUGCGUCCGACAUGGACUUAUGCCAUUAAUUAUUUUGUGUCUGAGGAUUUUUAUGCGUCAGGGACAUAGGACGCAGAGGUAACAAAAUCAACGAGAGUGAUGAUAAAAGGAUGAUGUGGCAACUUUACUAGUAAAUGUGUCUGUUCUGUGACUGUUUGUUCAGUCCCUGUUGCCUAUAACAACUGUAGUUGUCUGCUUUUAUUUGACCACUGCUCUUUUGGUGGGUAGAGGUAAAGCAGAUCUACUUCCAUUUGUUCUGAUUCCACUUAAACUCUUUGUUGUGUUGACAUGGGAAAUAGAAUGCAGGGAAGGGGUUAGAGAGAAUUGGAAAAGCAAGGAUAUUACCAUUAAAAAAUGAAAGCACACAGCAGAUGUUAGGCAACUUGAGUUGACUACAGAAUUGCAGACAGGUGGUGUAAUGAAGUUGUUCUAAUUUCAGAUGUUUGUUAACUAUUUGCUAUAGGUGUAGAUGGAGAUUCAGAAGCUGACGAAGUUGCACCAGGUACAGAGAACCUGUCCGCUCCUGGAGCAGAAAGCUCCGUCUCUGCACAGGUGAGGCACAGGGUUAAAUUGUAUGCUUUGUCUCUAGGUACCAUGAUCAAUUUGAAUUGAUUGUUAGCUUUUUACAAAGCUACAGUGUACCGUAAAUGCUAGCUCUUAAAACACUAGGGCUUCUUGGCAUUCACUCAAUGCAAUUAUUUUAGUCGCCAGUUUUUUUUCUACUUGACAUGGCAGCCAAAACGGUUGCAGCUUGGAGCACUUUUUUUAAUUAGUACUCUGUGUUCUUGCUAGAAUGAUGCUGAGACCGUUGCCAUCCGGGAGAAAGUAAUAGCAGCUAGACAGAAGGUGUUCAAUGCUUUGGAAGAGGAGGUGCGAAAAAGAUGGCCAUUUGAAGAAGCCAUUAAAAGGCCCUACUUUCAUGUUAAGCCAUUAGAACGUGUCCAACUUAAGAACUGGAGGGAAUACCUCGACUUUGAACUAAGCAAUGGAGAUCAUAGAAGAGUUGUUAUUCUCUUUGAACGUUGCGUAAUCGCAUGUGCAUUGUAUGAAGACUUUUGGCAAAGAUUUGCCACUUACAUGGAGGGACAUAGUGUUGAAAAAUGUCGACAUGUCUAUGAGAGAGCCUGUACGAUACAUCUGCCAAGGAAACCUUCUAUUCAUUUAGCGUGGGCUGCAUUUGAAGAACAACAAGGUGAGAUGACAGAUUUUAAAGGAUGUGUAUUUAUAAGUCAAUGUCACUCAGGAUUAUGAGUAACCUGCAAUCAGCCCAUCCUUCCUCCCUUUUGUUUGUUAACAGCAAGCUUAGGUUAGCUAGGUCUUAAAACACAAAAAUAAACACUUUUAGUGAAUCAAGUCAACAAUGCACAGAGAAAAACCUCGACAGCUGCUGGGGACGAGUUGUUAUUCGUCUUCAGUAACUCUUUCUUCCUUGGAUCAGGCAGAAUUUAAUUUGAGGAGCAUUCACCGCUUGCCUGGACAAUAGAUAAAUUCAACUAGCUGCCUUUGUCACAAACUGCUUAAAUUAACGGUAAAAUCUGACACAAUAACACAAAAUAAUGAUGACAGAUGCCUUGUUUAGGUGGCAGCAGACCACUCGUGAAAUAAAAGUAUCGGGCGUCCUUUUUCCCCCCUUUCUUCGAAAAAAAAGGGCUAGAUUAUAGGUGUAACUUAAAUAUAUUUCAAUAGCCAUUAUGAAUUAUUCCAUAAAAUAGUUCUAAAUAACUCAAAUUAAUCUAAGUAGGGUUAGAAUGUAGCUUAAUAUCAUAUUUUUCCGCAAGGAAAUUUCGGUGUAUUUUCUUUAUUUUCAUUGACUUGUUCAUGACAAUAGAUUCAUUGUAUGAGUGUGAGCAAUGAACAUGCUGUUUGUGUUUCUAGGAAAUGCUGGCAAGGCAUCUGAGAUCCUUGCUGAAUUGGACAAGGGUGUACCAGGGAUAAUUAUGGUAAAGCUAAGAAGAAUAAAUCUUGAAAGAAGAAGAGGAAACACUGAUGCUGUGUCUGGGUUAUAUGAAGAAGCUAUGAUUGAGACAAGUGAUCAGGAACUUGCAACUUUUUUUGCCAUUAGAUAUGCAAGAUUCUUAGCUAAGGUAUUAAGGUGA